AGACCCCGUAAGCAUUAAAUAAUGAGACAUUUUUCUACCUAUAAGUCACGCCUCGUAAUCUGACUCCUUAUCAAAGUCAAUUUUGAUAGUGCGAACAAAAGAGACGUGCUGGUACCGGUCAUAUAUACUGGCUUCUAACGUAUUCGUCGUACGUCUUCCAUAAAGUUCACGAUUAUUUAAAUAAUUUUUUUUUUUUUUAGUUGAAAUUAUCGAUCGGCCGUAGGCGCGUUCCGCGUGUGUUUAUUUGUUAAUUUACGCUUUAAUUGGUCAGAGCAUUAGUCGUUAAAUAGACUAAAAAUUAGGUCGAGGAGUUUAAAGUGUUAACAGGUGAUCAUCAAGUUAAAGAUUUUAGAGUUUAUUGGGAAAAAAUGCUGUUCUGUUGCUUUAGUGUUAGAGUAACCACCACAUCCCUCCUGACCAUCAUCGGCCACGCAUGGCAAAACCCGCUCUAAACCCAACCAUCGGCCUCCACAGGCAACCCCAAUCCAACACCACACGUAUGAAAGGUUACACAAGGAGCGUUUCCUGUCUCGCAAUACUGCGUAGACAAUUCUCCAGGGACCUGCCAGAAUGGCCGAAAGUAACAGGGACAAUUACAAGGAAUUAAUCAUUAGUCAGAGCGAUAAGGGCCAAAAUGGUACUGUUAAACCAUCAGAGAAAAAGAAGAAGCUCGAGCUACUGUUCAAUCGAAAGAAAGAGAAGGGAAACGUGGACGUUAACCCGUUAUGCGAGCGAGACAGUUUGAUCAUGCCGCAGGAAGAGAAACCGGUGUUGCAUGUGCAAUUUAACCAUAAAAGUAACCCUCCUGUGGCUGAUUUGAGCAGUUCUAGUUCCAGUUCUAGUUCGUCUAGUGAAUCUUUGGAUAUUGCCGAGGCACGGCCACCGGACGGAGGCUGGGGCUGGGUGGUGGUGGCAGCCUCGUUCCUAGUCAAUCUUAUAGCAGACGGGAUCACUUUUAGUUUCGGAGUGAUAUUCGUAGAGUUUUUAAAUUAUUUCGGAGAGAACCGCGGCACUACCGCAUGGGUGGGCGGAUUGUUUAUGGCGAUGCCGCUACUAUCCGGUCCCAUAGCAAGUUUCUUAACCGACAGAUACGGCUGCAGGAAAGUUACGAUAUUCGGAGCCCUGUUGGCUUCCGUAGGGUUCAUAUUGAGCUCCCUGGCCAACAGUAUGAUGGUUCUGUGUAUAACUUUCGGGGUUCUAGCGGGGUUUGGGUUGAGUCUGUGCUAUGUGGCCUCGGUGGUGAUAGUGGCCUACUAUUUCGACAAGAAAAGAUCUUUCGCCACCGGGUUAGCGGUUUGCGGGAGCGGCAUCGGCACAUUUAUUUUCGCCCCCCUGAUCCAGAUGCUGCUGCAGGAGUACGGCUGGAGAGGCACCACGUUGAUAUUGGCCGGGUUGUUUUUGAAUAUGGUGGUCUGCGGCUGUUUAAUGCGUGAUUUGCCGUGGACGUCCGAAAAGGUCAAGUCGCUGGCUAAAGAGAGGAAAAAGAAUCGAAAUUUAAAAAGGAAAAACCGACUGAUGUCCGCUGAUUCGUUCUCGAUUAGCACCGGCACCUGUACAGCCAGCAUGCUACAGCCGAUCAUAGAAAAUAAAGAGGCGCCCGAGUUUGACGUACCGAACAACAGAUUGUGUAACUCGGUGGUGCACUUGCCCACGUAUAUAAGGGACGGGGAGAAGAUCCCCGUGGAAGUGCUGGAGCUGCUGGCGAGCAACAAGAAUAUUUACAACAUCCUCCUGACGAAUUAUCCGAACUUGUUGACUCCCUCGAGGAGUUUUAGCGAUUCGGGACGUUUGAACGACGCCACUUUGGUGUCGAAACAUGCCAAUACCACUUUGCAACUGGCAUCGCCUGCUACGAUGUCGCCCAAAGAGGAGGCGACGUGGAGUAAGGAGAGUCCGUUGGCACCCGCUUCGCCUACCGCAACUAAGACUCCUCCGAGAAAGUUGCCAGGAGCGGCCUUUUUGAAAGACCUUAGGAUUCAUAGACUUUCAGUGACCUACAGGGGCGCAAUGCUAAACCUGAAACGAUACCGUCUUCGGGCCAGCUCGUGUCCGGACAUCUACAGGAAUUCCAUGACCACCAUCGCCCAGGAGAAAGUCCAAUGGUACGCGGGACUAUGGGACUUCUGGGACCUGCUGGUCGACAUGUUCGAUUUCUCCCAUUUCGCCGAUCCGAAAUUUUUGGUGUUCGCAUUGUCCAACUUUUUAUUGUACACGUGGUACGACGUGCCUUACGUUUAUUUGACCGAUAACGCGACUUUAUUGGGGUAUUCGGAGAAUCAGGCGUCGAUUUUGAUAUCGAUCAUCGGGAUUAUUAAUAUGGUUGGUGAGAUUAUCCUUGGAUGGGCCGGGGAUCGUUCGUGGGCUAACGCGGGUAUCAUUUAUGCGGUUUGUAUGGGACUCUGUGGGGGAAUCAUCGCCCUGAUUCCGUUGAUUCACGAUUACACGAUUUUGGGUUUUAUAUCGGGGGCGUUUGGGUUCUUGAUUGCCGCCAACUAUUCGCUGACGUGCGUCAUUUUGGUGGAGCUGAUUACUCUGGAUCGAUUCACCAAUGCGUAUGGAUUGUUGCUGUUGGUGCAAGGGUUCGCUAACUUGAUUGGGCCGCCACUAGGAGGUUGGCUUUAUGAUAUCACCGGCACCUAUCACCUCUCCUUCUAUCUUGCUGGAUUGUUCAUCGCCAUCUCGGGAUUAAUGUUACUAGUGAUACCGUUGACGAAGAGAUACAAACGGUUUAUGAGGGAUCGAGUACCCUCGGAACCGUCUUCGGUGGUCAAAACCGAACCAGAAGUAGACCAGAAUAGUACAACGUUCGAUGCCAAAGAUAAUAGAGUUUAGUUGCGAUUUAGGCACCAACGAAUAAGACGGGUACCCAAAUUUAGAGUUUUAAUAUAGUAUAGAUCAUAGACAUAUAAAUAAGGGGAGACAACACGUUUCAUUCAUAAAUUCGGUUUGUUGACGAUCAAGCAUGUCUUUAUGCUUUAACGUAAGCGGAACAGAGACAGAGAAGAGAGAGACCGCCAGAAAACCGUCAACAUCGCAUCAAACGAUUCACGUAUCUACGAGUGCAAUCAGAUGCGCCCGCCAUAUGAGCCGGCGAUAUUGGCUUCUCCGUCUGUCACUAAUAAAAGGAGAAAGACGUAAUUACAUCAUCUGGCAGUCCAAAAAUAUUUCAUAUCAGUCGGCUAUAUUUCGUCGGCGUCGCCCAGUGGCGUAACCGUUAAAAAAAUUAAAAAUUGGUGUAAUCAAAAAUAUUUAUAUUAAAAUAUUUUAUGAAAUUAAUUAGCGAUGGUAAAGAUUGUAGAUAUCUUUUUCUUAUUUAAUUACAUACGAAACAUUAAAAAAAUUUACGUAUAUUACCCGGUUGGUUAUAAUACAUAGGUACAUAAUUAUUAUAUUCUUAAAAAUGUUUAGUUUAUUGAAGCCUUUUUGUAUCUUUAAUAUUUUGGAUAUUUAUUAACAAAAACAUGCCACUUGCUGCAUUACCAUUUUGUUAUUUGUUGUCUUUUUAGUUUAAUGGAUUUUUUGUUAAAAAUCUGUCAUUAUAUGAUAGAUUUUUACGAUUACAAAAAAAAAUAGAAAAGAAUAAAAUAGAAAAAAGACAGAAUCUUAAUAGAUGCUUUGUUAAGAAAAUUAGACGUUCAAUUACAUACAUAUUUACAUAUCUCAUCACGUGACAUGCGAUAUAACAUAUUUAAAGCUAUUCGUUUAAAGGCGUCUAAAAGUUAUUACUAAUAAGAUUUUAUUAUUAUAGGUCAGAAUAUCUUUAAGAUCCAAACCGGAAUAUAAAAAAAUAAAAUACAAUUUGUACUGUAACAUUUUAUUUUCUACUUAAAAUAUACAAAUUAUGAAGCACGUAAAAACGAAAAUAUAAAUGUAGGCAACUUACUAAAACAAAAAGAAAUAAACAAACUUGCUUAUGUUAGUAUACUUAUGUACAGGCAGGGGCUUUAAAUGGAAUGGUGCCUAAUAUGGCCCAUUGGCUUACCAAAAACGUUUAAAAUCGUAUUUUAAAAAAACUAAAUUUCAGAGCCAUAAUAGGCAUCUUUCCAUUUAAAGUCCCCACCCUGUAUUUAUAACAUAAUAAUAACCGAAGCCAUACUUACGAAUUAAAAGAUUCAAUAUUUGGAAGACUACUUGGGUUAGUAUUAUCUUCGACAGCAUUGGAAAAAGUUUCCCAAUCAGCACUAAAAAUUAAAAUAUUUAUAUAAAAUAAAAAAAAAUUUUAUAUAAAAUAAAAUAUAAAAUGUCAUGUAUACCAAGUAUAAACAAUUUUGACAAUCUAGUGCAAUAUGGAAUUACUUAAUAACAAUAAUUAAUAUUUUACCAAGAAUUAGGGUAAUAUAAGUAGGAAUAUCAAUGAAAUUAAAUAAAGGUUGAUGUUAACUUAAAAAGUCAUGAAUCAUAAAAAAUAUUCAUUAUUUACAUAAAGAGCUAUUUACUAAGUAUAUACCCUUGAAAUAUGUUUUUUUUUAAUCAUUAUAAAUUAUAUAGCUUAUAAUUGGCAAUACUAAAGUGUUAAAUUUCAUGUAAAUUUCUCAUUUUUAAAAUUCAAUAAAUAAAGAUCAGUUGGUAGGCACGUCACUGUUACGGCAUUGAGAAAAAAAGAUAAUGGGGACGAACGGGAUUUCACUUACCUCCGAAAUAUAAGUUCUGGAUCAGAAUAGUCCAUUUUUUUGCAAACUACACACUGCCGAACCAUCACAAAUUGUUUUUCAAUAGUUUUUUUAAUAUAAAAAUGUCAAAUAUCACGAAAAAACACUAAAAGGGAAACAAAACACAAAGCAACACUGCAACGCCAAACAUGAAUGAAACCCUAAAUUUUAUUACGAAGGGGAGGAGUGACGACCGCGCUAUGUUGUCAAGUCGUUAUCUGUAAACGAAAUAUUGAUCGACGUUUUAGAGUACCGCGUAAAUGGAUACUAGGACGUUUUUAGAAGGCGGGCAACGUUGCUUUGUUAUUAAAAAGAUGUAUGUGCGGCCGAAAAUGUAAACAGUUGCGUCUCUCCUUAUUUAUAUGUCUAUGGUAUAGAUCGUAAGAUUGUGUCAAAUUACUAUUUAAAAAUUGUAGUGCGAGCCGCAUGAAUCCGGGAAUUUUUCAUUUUUACAUUUUGGUGUCUUUUUUGAUUUUGAUUCGGGCAUGUUUGGGGCUUCGUUAGGGUUUACCGUAUAUAGAGGGCACGCCAGGCGUAAAAUUCGAAAUCUAGUGUAAGUAGGAUAACAUUUUUGUCUCCAUAGUAAAAAAAAAAUUGUUUUUAGCCGAAAAAAAGUCCCUUAAAUGUAUUUUUAGGUCAUUUUAAGGGACUUUUACUGUUUUUAAGAAUAUGGUCCUAAGGUUUUUAGUAAUUAUUUUCGAUGUACAGGGUGAGUCAGGUCUUUGGUGCUGUCAAACGCUUUUUAAAAAUCGAAGUUAUUUAUUUUAACUUAUGAUUUUUCAAAAUAAAAAUUGUUACCUCCUGGGAUUUUUUAAAUAAUAUUGUUCUGAAGAAAACAAAAAAAAAUGCUGCAAUCUUCGCUCGAUUUUUACGGUAAUUUAGGUGUAACUUUUAUGAUGAACAAUUUUCCCUAUUAAAAGGACGAAAAAAUUAUCUUUCAAUCCAUAAAAAUCCAACGUAGGGGAAAGUGUUGUACCUUGGUCCAUUUUUGGGUUUUUUAUUCUUAUACAUUCUAGAAAUAUAUUAUUUAUAAAAUUUAUUCCAUACAUUAUGUUUCCGUGUGAGUGGACUGUAUAAAAUGAAAUACUGGUAAUUUUAAUAAUUUAAUUGUCAUAAACAACAUAAAAACGACAAAUUACAAAAAGCCCCGACAUAGUUAAAAACAUGGCAGGCGGGAACCGAUAUUUUGUUUUUUGCGUCACGCACAGCACAGGCCCGCACUAAGGACAAAGUAUAUAAAUAAAUAGUGCUCGUCAACCACAAACUGAACAUGCCCCCGGCCUUGAAAGUCCUGGGUUAACUUUCAAUGGGAAGUGGGCAAAGUCUAGUUACCGCCCGAGAAAGUUCACUGUCUGCCGUCUUCACAAAAGCAACACGGUUAAUACCAUCCUUGCCUGGUAUUAACUUAAGAACUCGUCCCAAGCGCCAUCUGGUAGGCGGUAGAUUUUCAUCCCUUAUUAAGACCUGCUGUCCAAUGUCAACGUUUCCUGAUGACUUUUUCCAUUUGUGUCUUUGCUGCAACUCAUGGAUGUAUUCGCGACUCCAACUGCUCCAAAAGUGCUCGUACAAUUUUUGCAGACGUUGAUAUUGACUGAGUCUGUUUUCUUUAAUGUCGCUGAUUGGUAAUUCGGGUAUGGUUUCCAUUGGUCUUCCAAUUAAAAAGUGGGAGGGAGAGAGACAGGUUAAAUCGUCGGAAUCAGUGGUUAAUGGAGUAAGGGGUCUAGAAUUGAGCACUGUCUCGAUCCUAAUAAGUAACGUUUAAAAAUCAUAAAAAAACAACUUAUGCUCGCCUAUUGUACGCUUAACAUGAUAUUUUAAGCUGUCUGAUAAGCGUAGUUUUGGAUAUGUUAUAGCAACUUGCCGCUUCCCUAAUUGAUAAAUGCCCACUGAAACAUUUAUUAGCUGCUGCAAUUAUAUCCUGGGAGUUUAUAUGCGCUCUUUUUUCACCUACUUUACUUCGAGAACUAUCUGAAAUAAGAGAAAGUUUUUUUGAGGUAUACCUGUAUAAUUAAAAUAAAAGUAAAAAUUAUAUUAUUUUCAAUAAGAUAUGUACCUUGGACCGGUACGCGUAUUGGCAUUUUAUACUAUUAUUCAGAUCGGUCUUACUUUGAAUCAUGGUAGACUAUGUCUACGUGAUAUACCACAAUUUUAAAGCCCAUUCUAUACUUCGAUUCAGAGCGUAAGUAAUAUUUAGUAUUCUGAAAUGCAGUAUAUAAAAGGUUUUAUUUUAAAAGCAGUUUUGUAGUUCAAUAUAUACUACGUCUCAGAAAAACAAGAACAGAGCGCGUAUUCUGUAUUCUCCUAGGAAGGAAUUUUUUUUCUAUGCAAUACAAAUUUAUAUGGCAUAAAAAGAUAUUUAUUUCUUUCCUAUGACGAUACAGAAUACGCUCUGUUUUCUUAAAUAGUUUUAGGGGUCAUGUUUUAUUGCCCAUAAUAUUGCCAUCUUGAAUAAAGUAAGAAAACAGUAUUAUUUAUUUUAAAAUUAUUACAUAAAACAUGAAUUAAAAUGAUUCUUCUUCUGUUAAAAAAUUUUUAUUAAAUUUAUUUGUAAAUAUGUUUAUUCAUAUUUACAAAUGACAUUAAGUGAAAUAACAUAAAUAUUAAGUUAUGAAACUAUUAGGUAACUAAAAUGUAAAUUUUGUUUAUUCAUUAUUCUUCAGAGAAAUCUGAAAAAAAAAUUAUUCGAUCAAAUGUAAAUAAAACAAUUCUAUACAAAAAUUUUUAAUUCUGAAACUUUUAAUAAAAUAUACAUUUUCGUACUUAUAAGAAAAACUAAACUAUGUUAUCUAUGUAUUUACCUUAAAAUAAUAUUUUUUGAUAUCAAUAGUGUUUUCUGCCUUAAAAAAGAAUAACAACACGGCAAAAAAAUUAACAGCUAUCGAAACUAGCUACAAAGGAAAAUUAAAAUGUGAGGCAUUUUAAUAGAAAUAUUAACAUAUACUGCUGUAACUCAGUUUUCUAAAGAAAAUUUAUAAAAGUAGUGACAAAAAAAAUUAAUGUAAAUUUUAUUUUCUUUCGUGACAUUUUGCAUUUGGUUGAUUCUUAAAAAUAUUUUCUUCUAAUUUAUGUUUUCUUUUAAUGGUCUUUUUUAGUUCCUUGUUGGAAGGUCUACCCGAUUAAUUACGCUUUUUUCCAGAUACGAAUCCCUGUCUUAUUCUUCUUCUACUAAUGGAAGUAGGUUGCACGCCUAUAUAUUUUGAAGAACGUCCCUUUCUUAAAUUGCAGAAAAAUGUCGCCAAUUGUGUCGGUGUGGUAAUUUUAUUUAAGCAUUUCCUUUGAUAAUGCAGUUUGUUAACUUCACAGACUCAUUUUCAGAUACCAUUUUUAGCAGCCUGUCGAAAGUAUCUUUUAAAUUAUUAAGAACUGAAGAGUGUUUUUUGCCAGCUUUUGAAUCAUUUGAUUCUUUGUCUAGAACAUUAGAUUCAUAUAUUUUUUCAGUUGCUGCAAUGCUCUGCUGCGUUGCACUGUGACAUGGUACAUUACUUAAAUAGCUUUCAGAAUGAUCACCUAAAUCCAUAUUUUCAAAAAAAACGUUUGAAACACUGUGUCCAAGAGCUAGCUUUGCUUAAAAUUUUUGUUGCACAGCACAAAAAUGCUUACAAAACUUGCCGCCUAUUCCGAAUGUACAAUCACACGUUUCCAAAGUGGUAUCUAUAGUGUAGACAAGUGUGUUAUCAUUACUGCUUGUUACAUAAUAUAUAUUUUCAUUAUUUUUUUCACAGUAGAGCUUUUCAGUUUUAUCGCAAAAUUUACUAUACAGAAUUUCAUUUUUCGAUGAUCGACUACUAGCAAAUAACAGCAAACGUCUCUGAUGAUAAGAUUCAAAGACGUUAAUAACAAAGUCAAUUAAUGCACAUAUAUGUUAAAUGUCUUGCAUCUUUGCAAAACGAUAUCUUUAAAUAUACGAAUUGACGCUUCUACAAAGUUAUUUGUAUUAUUUCCCCUAGUGAUUAAUGAUGCCCGAAAACAUAAACACCACUCUUCUCUUCGUUGCCAAAGAGCAUUAAUGUGAUUUUUUAAAUGUGGGUACUUUAAAACAAUAUCAUUUUUCAUCAGAUCGUUUAAAGAUUCUUGUGCUUCUUCUAAAGUUGAUGCAUACAUUAUGGCACGAAAUAAAAUCAUUACAGUCUUCCUAUUUUCUUUGGGUAUUUCAUUGUAGCUAUCCCACAACCAACGCCAAAAAGCUUGGCAAACAUGAAAGAUACAAAGAAGGAGCUUUGGCUUUACAUUUUCCGAUGAAAACACAGACGUCAGCGCAUUUCUUUCUGCUGAACUAUUAUCGGUCAUGAAUAUACUAGGACAGCCAGAAUUACCAAAACCUUCAUUACCCAAUGUUUCUUUAAGCAAGGCUCCAAUUUUGGAAGCGCACUAGAGUCCACAAACACAAUUUCUUUAGAAAAAUCUUCCUUAUGAGUACGCAUCAUGAUUGGUGUAAGUAUAAUUACAAUCAAAGGAUUCUCUUUACCCGCUAUUAUAUUAUGUCCUUUUUUAUGGUAAAAUUCAGCCUUUUCUUUUAGGACCCUCACCACUGAAGAUUCAUCUCGGCCUCCAAAAUUUAAAUUUCUAAAACAAGAAGAAAGUUCUACGUAAAAUCGGUAAAAAGAUAUUUUCAAGGCAAGGCGAUGUAGAUAUACAAAAAAUAACUUACCUCCACUUUUCAUACAAAUUUUUUACUUGCCGUUCCGUGGGAUUUAAUUGUUCAUUGGCUAAUACUAAGGGUAAUUUAGUGUGAAUGUACAUAGGUAAAGUAAAUUAACAUAACACUUACGUUUAUAGUGUUUUUGUUGAUAAUUUUUAUUAAAAAAUCAACGGUGGCAUUACAUUUCUUGUCUCUAACUCUAGUGUCUUCCCUUUUUCUGGUUUUAGCUUUAUUAAAACCGCUGUGCUGGCAUUUAAAAAUUUUUCGAUAUACGUAUCUCUUUGCUGAUGGGUAUGUAUAACGCACAAUCCAGUUAGUACUUGUUUUAUAACUAAAUAUAGCUAACAAUUUGCCACAACAAAUACUAUUAUCUUCAACAUCUGGUUUUUUAAAUCGAAUUUUAGCUUUAAAACCAUCAUUUGUGAGCUCAAGAUAUUCGAUGAUAGAAUCGUCCUCACUACACAUUCCCACUAAUAUAUUUUUAUAAUCCAUUCCAAAUUUAAAAAAAAAACGAAAGAUAAACUCCCGAUAAACCUUGUUUGAUUACGUAAAAAACAAAACAAUAACAAAUAAUAUAACCCAACUUUUAUCCCACAUGCAUCACCGAAUCUGAGUCGCGGUAUAAAUCGGCUACGUGAGGCGCAGCAAUUGACAUCCAUUGCGUACUGCAUUUCAGUAAUUCAGCGCGCUAACGUAAUAGCGAAGCUCUGAAUUGUAGUACAGGAUGUGGCCAUAGUCUACCACGAUCCAAUGUAGUGCCGAUCUGAAUAAUGGUAUAGAAUGCCAAUACGCGACCGGUACAUGACUUUUCAGUGGCCCAAGGUUCACAACGGUAUUAUUUCUGCAAUUCUUCGCUUUCUACUUUUAGGUUUUUUUUUUUUUUUUUUUUUUUUUUUUUUGGGUCGGUGGAGAAAUUCUUUAUGAACACUGGUUACGCGGCGCCGCCCCCAGUAGUGUGGGACUCAGUGUCGAGUCUGUUUCGUCACUUUUAGGUUAUGCCUGUAAGUACAAAAUACAUUCAUUAAUAUCAAUCUUAAACACCUGUUUUCAAUUGUAUAAAUAAAAAUAAUUAUAAUGUUAACAAUUUAAACGGAUGUUGACGGAUAACACAUUGUUCAAUAAAUUACUUACCACGAUGCAAAACACAAAACACUCUAUAGAAACCCACACGACUGAUUUUUGACAUAUAUAUGUAGCUGCCACCUAUCGACUAUAUCUUUAAACAACUUAAUUAGACGCAUCGAAGAAAAAUUAACAGUGGGUAGAAAAUAAAAUACACUGACCCGAGGUACAGACCAGUCCAAUAUACAACUCUCCCCUAAUGCUAAGUAUUCACGCACAGUUUCUCUCGACAAUCCUAUAGCCCUUGCUACAGAGGUGUUUUCUGCUUUGCGCACUCUAAUGUCUGGAUUUCUUCGUAGAAAUGACUGUAGCCGUACUCUGCCAGCUUUGCCUGGAAGUUGAAUAUAUCAGUAGCUAGAUAUCAAUAUUUUUAAAAAUCUCUUACCGGCCUUAAAUUUAUGCCUAACUCUAAGUAAUUCUGCCAGAUUAAACGCCAUUAUCCUCAGUUCUCGUAGGCGCAAAGCCGUGUCUUGAUUUUGUAGUUUCUUGAUUUUUGGAUUGGAUUUUUUUCAUUCUCACAUUGUCGGUCAUUAUAUAAGCUAUCGAUUUGUGUUUUCUUAUUCUCGUCGCCUAGCUCUUGAAUCACAAUUUUCAGGACAAAUAAUUCCUACAUCUUGAGGUUCAGACAUAACACUAGAAACAUCAUGUCUGGUUGGGAUUAUAUUGUGUCGAAGUUUAGGGAGGUGGAGGAGCUGAGGGAGUGGCUCACAGAUGAAGCCUCUAGGGAAAUGAGUUCCAUCUCUAUGGAAACCAUAAAGACCUGGAAGGAGGUGGUGUCUUACCAAGGGUUUGACGUUUUAAAGAUAUUGAAGUUGGCACGCAUUAGUUAUGAUAAAACAGUUAAGGUAGUAAUUUAAUAAUACUACCUUAGUAUUAUUAAAUUAUUAAUAAUUUAAUAAUACUAAUAAAUUUACUUAAUAAUUAGCAGUAAUUUAACAGUUAAGGAGACCGCCUCAGAGAAGUUCACGGUUGAUGGUCAACAGAUGGAGGUUUCUUUUAAGAACACUGAAUCCAUGCAGAAGGACCUACAAUUCCUGUUCUUCAUCUUUGCCAAUAGGGGUUGCAGCUAUGAGAAAAUCACCAGCAAGUCCAAUGAGAUUACCAAUCAGUAUCUGAAGUGGAUUGUGGCAAAACUUCAGAUCAACACAGAAGUACAUGACUCUAGGAGUUUUCUACCAUCAGAUAUUAUUACCAUCCCAAGACUCGUUGCCUGCUUCCCAACUGUUGUUUGUAACAUUUACCAUAAGGGGAUGGCCAAGGAAAUAGUCAGUGCUUCAGUGCACAUUGGACUUGCUGCAGGUGUCUCAAGAGCAGUUUUGUGCCCUCUAUUCACCAUUGUGAUCAGUCCGGACUGCCUGACAACAAAUGCUAAUGUCCACAUAGUUAGCUUUGCGGUCCACGUGCUCUUGGACUCUGUCCUCCAUAGGAGAGGGGGAAGCGUCACCAGCUUUGACAGCCUGUUCACCUACUACCGAGCCUCUUACAAUUCUCCUGUUGUUCCCAAGGUGAAAAUCCUGACAAAAUGGGCUCUAGUGGCUGAAGGAACAACAGUGUUCAUAGCCAACCUCACAGGGCUAGUUGCUCCAUGCGAGGCAAUCAUCAGGUUUCGAUUUUGGUCCACGCUUUCAGAAAACAGGCAAUUAGAUAUUUUGCUCGAUUUACAAGACAAGUUGCUGCAGAUCAGUCGGUUAGUAAAUCAUGUGUUCUAAAAUAUUUGCAUAGGAAUAAAUGCCAUCCAUAUAAAAUUUAUUUAAUUCAGGAGCUUAUUGAAAAUGAUCACAUCCGCAGAAUAGAGUUUUGCGAAAUAAUUAUGAAUUUAUGUAAUGUAAACCCAUAAUUUUUAAGUAAGAUUGUUGUUUCCGACGAGGCAAGACAGACCGAAUGAUGAGAAUUUAGAUAGGGUCCUCAGGGAGGUCAAGGCUCUCAAGGCGCUAGGCUAGGUCCUAACACUCAAUGUCUCAAUGAGUAUAAAGGAGGAGGAAAGAUGCUACAGAGAAGAAAUAGUAAAAAGAUCUCGAUGUUUGAUUUAGAUCAAGAUUAGAAUCUUGAUGUUUGGACAACUGGUAGUUUUAAUCAGGGCGAGACGUCAGGGCCCAGCCGCUCUGUUUUCUCUAAGUUAUUCGUAGUUAUUCUGCGUCUUAAUGAGGUUUUCGGUAUAUUAUAAGACCUAGCCGCUUCAUUUAAGCUCAUUUCAUUGGAUAUUAUCGCAGUUGUAGCUAGAUGUAAAUCAUCAGCGCCCCAAGUAGCCCUUGGAACUACGUUUCUCUUUCGAGUGUACUUGUCAGGCAUCUCUCCUCACAAAUUAGGGCCCAUCUCUCCUAAAAUUACAGGAGAGAUGGACCAGGCUAUUUCUAUGAAACGGAACGUUAUGGACUAUUGUUUUUAGGUUAGGUCCUCGCCAGAAAACCCGUUUGAUGAUUACAAUAAAAAAUAUUCGGCUAAAACUCACCUGAAAAUGCUUUGUUCAGUGACCAGAAUACACCUUGCAAAAUUGUUCGGUUGUUUGAAAACAAUGACCACUUAAAACUACUAAAAACACCAAUAAAUCACUUGUUCUCACUUUUCCCAUUUAAGAUGUUAGAGAUUAUGUGCGCUCUCACCAGGGGCUGCUGCAAUUUGAUUGAAAAUUAACCUAAAAAAUGUCCUCCUCAAAAAUAAAUUUGACGUGUUUUUGGAAAUUUUUUAAAUUAUUUACAAGGGCAGACAUGUAAAUUGACACCCUGUAUGUUAAAAUAUUUAAUUUCCUUACUAUAACUUCUAAUCAAUAUUCAACAAUUUUAAACAUUUAGGUUUUUUAUCAAAAAUCCAAUACACUUAACAUUUUAAAGCAUUAAAACCUGACUCCCUUAAAAAAAAUUAAAAUAAUUGUUGAUUAUAGUAUAAGCGCCUCUAGUAAGUAGCUUCGACUGAAGUGAUCCUUUUUAAGUAAAAUGGACGAUUCUUAUACUCAUCAGACUUUAUUAAGAUGAUGAUAAGCUACACCUGUGAUUAAUUCGUUAAUAAAUCGAUACAAUUUCGAAUUUAGGGUAUAGUUAUUGAGAUUUUCGUUUGAAAAUUGUUGUAUAAUAAGCCUAAGCUCAGACUAGUUUUCGCUGGUAUUAUAGGACAAUUUUUGGUCCAUUUUCAAAUACCGUAAAAGUUAUAGGCCUUCCUCCAAUAGUAUUAUUAUAACAAUAGCGUAAUAAGUAAUCAGUAUUUAAAACAGACAAUUAUUGAACGGACACACGCAUACACAUUUAGUUUUUACCAUAGAUUUCCCUUAAGUAGACACCGCAUUUUUUUAGGGUAGUUUCAGGGAGAUCUACCACAAUAGUUGGGUACCUUUAAUGCUCAAUUCGUUUACGUUUUUCAGAUUCGUUUAUUUCAUGUUUUGUUUUUUCGAAAUCUUAAUUUAUAAUGUGUUAAAUAAAUCGUAUUAGUAAAUAAAAA